AUGCAAGCCAGUGUCGACAGAGUCUUGUCUUUACAUGUUUCUCCUGCAGAUGCUCCAGAUACUCCUGUGAUCUCCAUCAACAGAUCUGCUGUAAUAAAGGAGGGAGAUUCAGUUACUCUGAACUGCAGCAGCAACGCAAACCCUCCUGCUCUGAACUUCAGCUGGUUUAAAGGAGAAACAUUUGUAGGAUCUUCAAGAAUCUUCAACAUCUCCAAGAUCAGCUCUGAUGACAAUAAAAAAUACAAGUGUAAAGCUAAAAAUGACCUUGGAGAGAAAUACUCUGAUCCUGUGACUUUAGAUGUCCAGUACCCACCCAGGAACAUCUCAGUGUCUAUGAACAGAUCUGCUGUAAUAAUGUCUGGAGAUUCAGUGACUCUGAGCUGCAGCAGUGACUCAAACCCUCCUGCAGAAAUCAGCUGGUAUAAAGGAGAAACAUCUGUAGGAUCUGGAAGAAUCUUCAACAUCUCCAAGAUCAGCUCUGAUGACAGUGGAGAAUACAAGUGUAGAGCCAGAAAUGACCAUGGAGAGAAAUACUCUGAUCCUGUGACUUUAGAUGUUCAGUAUGCUCCAGAUACUCCUGUGAUCUCCAAUAGGUCUGCUGUUAUAAUGGAGGGAGAUUCAGUGACUCUGAACUGCAGCAGCAACUCAAACCCUCCUGCAAACUUCAGCUGGUUUAAAGGAAAUAAAUCUCUGAAUUCUGGAAGAAUCUUCAGCAUCUCCAAGAUCAGCUCUGAUGACAGUGGAGAAUACAAGUGUAGAGCCAGAAAUGUACAUGGAGAGAAAUACUCUGAUCCUGUGACUUUAGAUGUUCAGUACCCACCCAGGAACAUCUCAGUGUCUAUGAACAGAUCUGCUGUAAUAAUGUCUGGAGAUUCAGUGACUCUGAGCUGCAGCAGCGACUCAAACCCUCCUGCAGAAAUCAACUGGUUUAAAGGAGAAACAUCUGUAAGAUCUGGAAGAAUCUUCAACAUCUCCAAGAUCAGCUCUGAUGACAGUGGAGAAUACAAGUGCAGAUACAAGAAUAUACAUGGAGAGAAAUACUCUGAUCCUGUGACUUUAGAUGUUCAGUGUGAGUAAAUAAU